UGUUAGCAUACAUCAUAUUGUCCUAUCAAGGAGGUCAAUUCCCUGUCAUAUACCUCAUUCACUGGCACCGGAAACUAUAUUCAAGCCCCAUUAUUAUAUUUCAGGGUGCGCUGCUCUGCGGUCACCGCCCCGCCUACCCACGCUCUGACUUCUACUACCCACUAUUCUGUCAUCCUCAACUCAUUUUCUUUCCCAUCCAGCCUUCCAAUACCACCGCAAUUCCACGCCGGCAUAGCUGACCUCUUGAUACUGCUCCUACACGCAGUGGAAAGAGGCUCUUGGAUCAGAUCUCUUGCUCCGAUCGUUCCGUUCACCUCCGCGGUCAACUGCUCCAUUCAAUCUAAGUCGACGUACUUCUGAAGAAGACAAACAUUGCAAUUCACCAGGCGCUUCAAUUUCAAUGUCGCGUCAGUCCACAGAAGGCCUCUUCCUUUCACCUGAACAACAAGAUCUCCUUAUGGCUGCACUAAAUUCCAAUCAGUCCUCGACAGGACGGAAGACGUCUUCCCACGGCCUCGACUUUACCCCCAGUAUGUCUAGUGCGCCGGGAUCCGGAAACCUCAACUUCAGCGACGAAAGCCCCUUUCUGGAUUUUGAUCCUCAGGUCGACUUUGGCGAUGAAAGUUUCGACUUUGAUGAGAACGCCCGCAUGAUUGGAGAUAUCCCUGGCGUGCUCCAUGACAAGAGAAAAAGCAUCGACGGAAAGGAUGACGACGAUGAAAGAGGAGGAAAGCGACGCGAGGGAGAAGACAAGACUGCCAAAAAGCCCGGACGGAAGCCAUUGACUUCCGAACCUACGUCGAAGAGAAAGGCUCAAAACCGUGCCGCUCAGCGAGCCUUCCGCGAACGCAAGGAGCAGCACCUUAAGGAUCUGGAAGUAAAGGUCGAGGACCUUGAAAAGGCCUCGGAAUCCACCAAUCAUGAAAACGGUCUCCUCCGAGCCCAGGUGGAACGACUCCAGGUCGAACUGAAGGAAUAUAGAAAACGACUGUCAUGGAUCAGCAGUAACGGCUUGAACAGGUCUCAGCCAGUCGUGACUCAGCCAGCCCGGAACACGGGCAACAAUGACUUUUCAUUCGAGUUUCCCAAGUUUGGCGAUCUUCCACCAAUGCCCGCCACCAAGCUGUUCGGCACUUCGACUGCUCAAAAACAGCAGAUCGCAACUGCCAAGCGAGCAGAAUCAUUGCCCACAGCCGCCUCGAAGUCUCCAAAUCCGAGUACCAACAAUCGUCGUUCCCCUUCAGCUUCUCAAAACCAGCCCGCUAGGUUUGGAUCUCUAAGCCAAUCGCCUCUGAGUAACGGCCAGGCGGCGUCCUCUACAUCUCAGACCACUCAAAAGGAGCAGCAUGGCAGUGUCGAUAGCCUGACGGGAUUGUUCAGUCCCUCGAUUCUCGAAGCAAGCCGACAUGCGUCCAUGGGUGGUUAUUUCCCCCAGACUACAUAUAACGCCACCACACAAAAUUCACGGCCGAGUAUCGAGAAUGGCGUCUCAAGCAAUCCGCCUGGAUUAUACCCAAACUCGAGUAUCUCCAACUCAAACUCCGACUCGCCAAGUUCUUCCACAGAGUCACAGAAUCACAUAUCUUCCAUUGGCACUUCUCCUGAGCCGAGCCUCAACUCACCGGCGAAUAAGGUCAAUGACCUCAGCCUCAAUCCUAUUCAGGAAGAGAACCAAAUUGCAUUCGGCUUCUUUAACAGCACUCCUGGCCUUGAAAACAACGGCAUCAACUGGCUUGCCCAGCAAAACAACAACAAUUUCGACCCAGUCUUGUUCGGUGAUUACCGGGAGACUCAAGACAACAUUCUGUCGCAAGACUUUGGAGCAUUUUUCAACGAUGCGUAUCCACUGCCUGACCUGGGUAGCCCCCUCCACAAUUACAACGAUAUUGUGGCAGAUCAGCAGCCCAAGGGUGAUCUCAUGAGACAGGUCGAGGAUGCUAAGAAUGGAGAUGUCGUUCCUGACACUGAGAAACCAAUGAGCUGUAACAAGAUAUGGGAUCGUCUUCAAUCGAUGGAGAAAUUCCGCAAUGGCGAAAUUGACAUUGACAACCUCUGUAGCGAGCUACGCGCGAAGGCGAAGUGCUCUGAAGGCGGUGCAGUGGUGGACAGGAAGGAUGUCGACAAGAUCCUCGGUACCACUUAAGGCAGGCUGGAGGUCCAUUGAUUUGGAGUUACGGCGAGUAACGAGGGCGAACCACAUGCUACGACCAUCAUCAAAAUGGGAAUCACGGAGGAAAACGAGUAUGCAUGAGCUAUGGAGCCACUCGUGGUAUAUUUGGAGUUAUGGCUGCGAGGAAUCGUCCUUUGAAUGUACCAACUUCUCUCGUGAUGCGUGCUACCACGCUCUUUAUCAGACAUCUUGAAAUCAGAUUGCUAUAGUUGAAAUCCAACUAUACAAUAUAAGCAGGAUCUCAAUAAGAUGUGCAGAAAUCAUUCUCAUCUAUGGCCCAGUGUCGCCUGUUUGUACAUGUUAAGGUCAGUCAAUGUAUAAAAGAGGAAAGGCGGCAUGCGAUGCCAAGUGAGGCUAAGGCCCGAUGUGAGAAGGUUCCCUUUGGCGGAUGGAUUGGUGCAGCUUUGG